UUCUCCCCAUGAGCUGUCACGCUGACAGCUCGUGAGGAGAGCCGAGCAGCGAUGAUCAGUGUGCCCUGAUGAUCUGUGUAGCCUCAGCAGUGCCCCCUGUCAGUGUCCAUCAGUGCCAGCUCUCAGUACUCAUACAUCCCACCUGCCAGUGCCCAUCAGUGCCACAUUUCAGUGCCCAUCAGUGCCACAUCAAUGCCACAUAUCGGGUCCCAUCUGAGCUGCCUUUCAGUGUCACCCAUCAGUGCCACCUAUCAAUGCCAGUCAGU